AGGGACAGCCUUUUGAGAUGUUGACUGCCAUCAAAUCUGAAGGAUAUCAGGUUUAUGUGAAUGGUAAAGAGCUGUACACAUUCAAGCACCGUGUACCGCUGGAAAAAGUAUCAACGAUAAAUAUCAGUGGAGAUGUUGCUGUGGACCUUUCUGGUUUUAUACAAAACUGGAGAGCAUCUGUAUUUCCUACAAAAGUUACAACAAAAAUCACCAAUCUGGGAUGCUCACCUGGAGAACUUUCCACCAUACAAGCAGAGAUCAUGCAGCCAGUCCAAAACCCUAACCUUCCUUAUGUGGCCCCAAUUUCAGGAGGACUGAGAGAAGGCAUGGCCUUAUUCCUGAAGGGAAUUGUUCCCACAAAAGCUGACAGAUUUGAAAUAAAUUUCAAGACUGGGCCGUCCAGCAAUGAUGACUUUGCAUUCCACUUCAACCCUCGAAUGGAUAAGAAUGUGGCCAUGAACAGUGUGAUAAAUGGAAACUUUGGAACCGAGGAAAGUGUGUCUGACAACCCCUUUAAAAAGGGACAGCCUUUUGAGAUGUUGACUGCCAUCAAAUCUGAAGGAUAUCAGGUUUAUGUGAAUGGUAAAGAGCUGUACACAUUCAAGCACCGUGUACCGCUGGAGAAAGUGUCAACGUUAAAUAUCAGUGGAGAUGUUGCUGUGGACCUUUCUGGUUUCAUACAAAACUGGAGAGCAUCUGUAUUUCCUACAAAAGUUACAACAAAAAUCACCAAUCUGGGAUGCUCACCUGGAGAACUUUCCACCGUACAAGCAGAGAUCUUGCAGCCAGUCCAAAACCCUAACCUUCCCUAUGUGGCCCCAAUUUCAGGAGGACUAAGAGAAGGCAUGGCCUUAUUCUUGAAGGGAGUUGUUCCCACAAAAGCUGACAGAUUUGAAAUAAAUUUCAAGACUGGGCCGUCCAGCAAUGAUGACUUUGCAUUCCACUUCAACCCUCGAAUGGAUAAGAAUGUGGCCAUGAACAGUGUGAUAAAUGGAAAUUUUGGAACCGAGGAAAGUGUGUCUGACAACCCCUUUAAAAAGGGACAGCCUUUUGAGAUGUUGACUGCCAUCAAAUCUGAAGGAUAUCAGGUUUAUGUGAAUGGUAAAGAGCUGUACACAUUCAAGCACCGUAUACCGCUGGAAAAAGUGUCAACGAUAAAUAUCAGUGGAGAUGUUGCUGUGGACCUUUCUGGUUUCAUACAAAACUGGAGAGCAUCUGUAUUUCCUACAAAAGUUACAACAAAAAUCACCAAUCUGGGAAGCUCACCUGGAGAACUUUCCACCGUACAAGCAGAGAUCUUGCAGCCAGUCCAAAACCCUAACCUUCCUUAUGUGGCCCCAGUUUCAGGAGGACUGAGAGAAGGCAUGGCCUUAUUCCUGAAGGGAGUUGUUCCCACAAAAGCUGACAGAUUUGAAAUAAAUUUCAAGACUGGGCCGUCCAGCAAUGAUGACUUUGCAUUCCACUUCAACCCUCGAAUGGAUAAGAAUGUGGCCAUGAACAGUGUGAUAAAUGGAAAUUUUGGAACCGAGGAAAGUGUGUCUGACAACCCCUUUAAAAAGGGACAGCCUUUUGAGAUGUUGACUGCCAUCAAAUCUGAAGGAUAUCAGGUUUAUGUGAAUGGUAAAGAGCUGUACACAUUCAAGCACCGUGUACCGCUGGAGAAAGUGUCAACGUUAAAUAUCAGUGGAGAUGUUGCUGUGGACCUUUCUGGUUUCAUACAAAACUGGAGCAAAUGCUUAUUUGUUACAAAAGUCACAUCAAGAGGUACACAUCUGGGCAGCUCACGCUGGGACCUUUCCACCAUACAGUCAGAGGUCUUAAAGCCUGUCCAACACCUUACUAUUCCUUACAUGGGCCCGAUUUCAGGAGGACUGAGAGAAGGCAUGGCCUUGUACUUGCAGGGAGUUGUUCCUGCUAAUGCUGACCGGUUUAGGAUAAAUUUCAAGACCGGGCCAACUGACAAGCAUGAAACUGCUUUCCACUUCAACCCCAGAAUGGGCUCAAAUGUGGUCAUGAACAGCUUCAGGAACGGAAAAUGGGAAACCGAGGAACAUUUCUCUGACAACCCCUUUAAAAAGGGGGAAGAUUUUGAUAUGUUCUUUGUUGUCAAAUCUGAAGGAUAUCAGGUGCACGUGAACGGUAAAGAGCUGCACACAUUCAAGCACCGUAUACCGCUGGAGAAAGUGACAAUGUUAAAUAUCAACGGAGACGUUGCUGUGAACCUUUUUGGCUUAAUUCAAAACUGGAGCAAAUCUUCAUUUGCCUCCGCCGUCACGUCAAGAACUGCACACCUGAGCAGCUCGCACAGGGAACUUUCCAGCAUAAAGUCAGAGGUCCUUCAGUCCGUCCAGAAUCCUACUCUUCCUUAUGUGGCCCCAAUUCCAGGAGGACUGAGAGAAGGAAUGGCCUUAUAUGUGCAAGGAGUCGUUCCCACUAAUGCAGAGCGGUUUUCGGUCAAUUUCAAGACUGGGUCAACUGACAAGCAUGACAUUGCUUUCCACUUCAACCCUCGAAUGGACCGGAAGGUGGUCAUGAACCACUACAGGAACGGGAAAUGGGGAGCCGAGGAAAGCGUCUCUGACAACCCCUUUAAGAAGGGAGAAGCUUUCGAGAUGUUCUUUGUCGUCAGAUCUGAAGGAUAUCAGGUGCGUAUUAAAGACAAACAGUACAGCAUGUUCAAGCACCGCAUCCCUCUGGAAAACGUGACUAUCAUCCACAUUUAUGGAAAUGUCUCCAUCAGCUUCCUUGGGUUUGUCACGGGAAUGUGAACAGGAUCAUCUCUGAAGUGAAAAUGUCCUCAACCUAAUCUUCACACAUUUCAUUUAUUCAAUCAGCAGACACUUUUAUUUAAAGAGACUUAUAAUGGAGACCCAGACUAUACACUGAUGCCGAUCUAAACCAUUGCCACAAAUCAAGGUUACUGCGUUUAAAACUAAAUAAAAUGCCUUUGAGUCGCAAUACAAACACAAAGGCUCUAUAUAGACAUCUGUUCAGCAUUUUAUAUUCAGAAAAAGGUUUUACUUUGAUACUUUAUUAGCAGUGUGGGGAUUUUAAUAGGAGCUGAUGAUUGUGUGAAUCUUAACACUAAAAUAUUUCUUAAAACAAUCAAAAUGUAUUUGUCUCAGAUCGCUUGGUUAGUUUAACAUGAGUUAGUUUUAGAAGCAGAAUUCACAGAUAAUAGCUCAAAAAUAUCUCUCUCUCUCUCUCUCUCUCUAUAUAUAUAUAUACACAUAUAUAUGAAUUGGUUAUUUUCAUAAAUGACCACAAGGUGGAACUAUUUCUACAGCCAGUGUCUGCUCAGCCUUCAUCAACAGGAAGGGGAAAAAAGCAAUGAAAAACUGAACACAAUGUGCUUAUUGUUAUUACUACCCGCUACACCCAUCAUUACCAAAAUACAAAGAAUGAUUCUUCUCCAAAUAUGUUACUAUAUCGGUGUGGAAUAAAUCUGACUGGUGUUUAA